UCUAGAUAGAUUAAAGUAGGUGAUCUACUCUGUAAAUUACUCGAAGAGACUAGAACUCAGAUGAACUAGCAAGAGCGGCCGUGUCAAGGUAAUCUAAGAGUUUGCACCAGAAAAAUCUCUCUCAUGUUCUCUGGUUUUUGAUGAGCACGCGCAGCUGAUGGUGGAGGGGGUGGCGUCGUUCCUGCUGGUGUUCUGGUCGGCCGUGGCGGCGCUGAUGCAGGAGAUGCACGGCGCGCUGUCGUUCCCCAUGGUGUGCCUCGUCGUGGCGCUCACCGUCGGGUUCGUGCUCUGGUGGCUCGGCCCCGCGCACUUCAACCCCGCCGUCACCGCCACCUUCGCCGCCUUCGGCUACCUCCCCUGGGCCAAUCUGCCGUUCUACGUGGCGGUCCAGCUCGCCGGCUCCGUGCUGGCCUGCCUGGCGGUGAACGGCGUCAUGCGGCCGCGGGAGGAGCACUUCUACGGGACGGCCCCGAUGGCCGGCCACACCCGACUGCCGUUCCUGAUGGAGCUCCUCGCCUCCGCCGUGCUCAUGGUCGUCAUCGCCACCGCUUCCAGUUCCAGAGGCUCUAACCAGACGGUAGGUGGGCUGGCCAUCGACGCCGCCGUCGGCACCCUGGGCCUCGUCAUCGGGCCGGUCUCCGGGGGGUCGAUGAACCCGAUCAGGACCCUGGGCCCGGCCAUCGUCUUCGGCAGGUACACCUCCGUCUGGAUCUACCUCGUCGCGCCCCUCGCCGGCAUGCUGCUCGGCGCGCUCUGCAGCCGGGCCGUCAGGAACGCCGACGCCAUCCUCGCCUUCCUCUGUGGCGGCGGCGGGGCGAGAGCAGCGGCGGCGCGCAAAAACGGCAGGAGGGUGCCGGUGCUCACGCCGCACGCCAUUGGGGCAGUCGCGUCGCAGCAGUUCUAAUCGUAACAGAGGCGAGACAAACUUUAAAACUGGGGAAAUACAUGUGUUCGCAGCAGCUCAAACUAAAGCUCUCCGCUGUAUUUACUACACUAUUCUCAGCUUUUAAAUUUGAGUUCAGUUAUGGAGCGACUGUGCGCUUCAGCAUUGCGUCA